GGCGCCACAUUUUCUGCAGCAGAAAGCGCUCCGCUCCUGACAACAAACAAAAAUAAGUCCCACUUCAUGUCGCUGUAGUGUUUUGUAAGCGGGUUUGUCCCUUCACACACGGUUUUAAUAUGUUCGUCACGGAUAUCAGAAAGGAGUUUUAUGAAGUCGUUGCCAACCAGAGAGUUGCACUCCUGGUUGCGUCCGACAUAGACGCACUCUGUGCCUGUAAGAUAUUACAGGCGCUCUUUCACUGUGACCAGGUCCAGUACACACUUGUUCCAGUUUCAGGCUGGCAGGACCUUGGCACUGCCUUUCUUGAACACAAAGAGCAGUUCCAAUACUUUGUUCUCAUCAACUGUGGGGCAAAUGUUGACCUUCUUGAGAUGCUGCAGCCAGAUGAUGACUCCAUCUUCUUCAUCUGUGACACUCACCGGCCUGUAGAUGUGGUUAAUGUCUACAAUGACACCCAGAUAAAGCUACUCAUCAAACAAGAUGAUGACCUUGGCGUGCCUUUGUACGAUGAUAUUUUCCGAGAUGAUGAAGAAAAUGAAGAAGGUGACUCUGGAAAUGAGAGUGAUGGAGGCUCAGAGCCCUCUGGCAAAAGGAGGAGAUUUGAUGAGGGGGCAGUCGAGAGGAGAAUUGAAAGACAGCGAGCAAAGAGGGAGUGGGAAGCAAGAAGGAGGGAGAUUUUAUUUGAUUAUGAGCAGUAUGAAUAUCACGGGACUUCUGCUGCAAUGAUGUUUUUUGAGCUUGCAUGGGUGUUGACUAAAGACACCAAGGACAUGCUCUGGUGGGCAAUCAUUGGGCUGACGGACCAGUGGGUUCAUGAUAAAAUCACACAUAUGAAGUACAUCACAGACAUCGCCACAAUGCAGCGACAUGUUUCCCGGCAUAACCACCGAAAUGAGGAUGAGGAGAACUCGCUGUCCAUUGACUGCAUGAGGAUUUCCUUUGAAUAUGACCUUCGUCUGAGCCUCUACCAACACUGGACUCUGUAUGACAGCAUUUGUAAUUCAUGUUACACAUCUUGCAAUUUCAAACUUUGGACAUUGAAUGGGCAAAAGAAACUCCAGGAGUUCCUUGCUGACAUGGGGCUGCCCCUGAAACAAGUGCGACAGAAAUUCAAUUCCAUGGACAUGUCGAUCAAAGAGAACCUGAAGGAUGUCAUUGAAGAAUCCUCUAAUAAAUAUGGUAUGAAAGAUAUUCGUGUCCAGACAUUUGGUGUUCACUUUGGCUUCAAGAAUCGUUUCCUGGCCAGUGACAUGGUACAUGCCUGCACUGCUUUGUUGGAGAGCACAGAGAAAGAUGACAGCGACAACUUCAUCAGUGCUCUUGACUCUCUUUCCAGGAGUAACCUUGAUCAUCUACACUCUGGCAUUGACCUGGCUAAGAAGAAACUGAUGGCUGUCCAGCAGACUGUAGCCACCUGCAUCUGCACCAACCUCAUCCUGUCACAGGGACCUUUCCUCUACUGCUACCUCAUGGAGGGAACUCCUGAUGUGAGACUCUUUUCUAAACCUGUGGCCUUGACUCUGCUCUGCAAGUACCUCCUGAAGGCGUUCGUCCAAUCUACGAGGAAUAAACGCUGCAAACUGCUUCCGCUCAUCAUGGCUGCUCCCAAGGACGUGGAGAAGGGCACCGUCAUUGUUGUGGGAAUCCCACCAGAGUCUGAGACGUCUGACAAAAAGAAUUUCUUCGGCCGAGCGUUUGAGAAAGCAGCAGAGAGCACCAGCUCCCGAACUCUUCAUGACCACUUUGACACGUCAAUAAUCGAAUUAAAGACCGAGGAUAGAAGCAAGUUUCUGGACGCUCUCAUCACCCUCCUGUCAUGAGAAACUCUGAACGUGAGUCGAGCGACUGAGUCCAAGUUCUGUGUCACUAUUCUGAAAUGAACUGACGUGAACAUGUGCAGCAUCAACAAUUCAAGAACCUCUUGUUGUUUUGUUUUUAACCAGUUUGUGUAAAUUGUACAGUCUCUUUUUUUUAUUGUGUGUAAUUUUAAGUUUUGCUUCUAAAUCCAUGUUUUAUUCAUGUCUGUUCAUUUAAUCCACAACCAACUUGAUUUUAAAUAUCUUUAAUAAAUCAUAAUAAAUGACUUAA